AUGGGUGUCCUGUUCCGCUACGAUGACAGCGGUGACGAUAUCGUAGCUGCACCUGUGCGACGAGCCGGGGGAGCUGGGGUAUGGCGGUAUGAUGAGACAUCGGACUAUGGCAGCAGUGAUGACAAUGUUUCUGAUUCUGAUUCCGGAGAUGUUGAGUGCCUAGGUUAUCCUCUUUGUCGAACAGCCUGGCUACGCUUCUUGGGCAUUGGCAAGGAGAGGCUCAACCGAACAAGGAAGCGGUACCGGGGGAUUGAUGACCGCACCAUCAACCAGGGCAACACUGCACAUCCAGCGAUCCAAACUGCUUCUGUCCAUGCUUUCUUUGGACACAUGUGGUGGACAGCUGGUGAGAGCAUGCCCACCAAGUUUGAAUCUGAGCCAACGACCAGUGAGCACAUGAGGGAGCAAUUGCUCCAACGCUUGGUGGACGAGAGGCUUUUGGGGCCUACCCGGCAGGAUUUCAAAGUUCACGCAGAACUUUGCGAUGAACUGCUGGGGCACUACUCAGCCCAAUGGGCUGACCGGCAGGUGUACUGGAAGGUCAUGCUGUCCUUGCAGAAAGUCUGGAGGCGUUGCAGGGCCACCAGCACUUCCUUUCCGGGGGAGCUGUGGCUGCAAAGCGAUAACACGGUCAAAGAGAUACGUAACAACAACGGAGCCCGAAUGUUGAGCGUAUUACUCCAAACUGGAGUUUUCAGAACGACAUCACAACAUCACCUCACAGUUGGACACACCCACGAGGAUAUAGAUGCUGUUUUCAGCCUUUGUACGGCAUGUUUGCACACUGCUCCCCGGUUGGAAACCCCGCGAGACAUUGCCCAGCGAAUUGACGAACGUGUGGGGCCAGUUUUUAGGAAGAAGGGUGUGGAGUUUUCAGUUGAGCUUUUGGGUGUGGCACGACAAUGGACAUCCAUUCUUCCUGGGGCUGUUACAUUCAAAAAUGCUUUCAGGGCACGAAAACCAGAUGCUGAAGGGGAACGGGUUCCAUUGCCGCAGAGUUUCUCCUACAUGCUGCGAUCAGGUCUUCCACAUCAAGGUCAAGGAUUAGAGUUGGAUGAGCGGCAACCGAGGGCUUGGAGAACUCAGGAUGGGUCUCGGGAUGUGUUCUGCAUGGUGAAACAAGCCAUGAGUUCCACGCAGCUUUGUCAGAACCCGCUUCUGGUUUGGCCAGCUACAUUGGGGGCCCAGUCCCAAAAGAUGCUUGAGGAUUGCAACAGCCCCACUUGCCCAAUUCAGGGGUGUGAAAUCAGCGACGAUAGGAUUGAGGAACUGAAAUUGCUACGGGAGGCUAUUUCACGGGACUUCCCUCACAUGAGAAGGACUGUUGCAUGGUACACUGGAAUGAUCGAUAAAACCAGGGAUUCCUCAGUGCGACCAAUUUCUUUGACUUUUGUGCGGCACAACACUGCACACGAUUUAGAUAAUGUGAAUGUUCAACUUGGGCAAAGACCUGUGCCCCCGAAACCACAUGAACUCCAAGUGGUGUUUCACCGGGCCAGGCUUUGAUGUUUGGGGUUGUG